AAGCAAUGAUAUAUCCAAUGUUUCACUGUCUCUCUCUUUCGACGAAUAAGUCUUGUUGGGGGAGCAAUGCUUCUAGAUGAUCGCAAAAUUAGACAUCAUCAUGCUACUGUUAUGGGUAGCCAGCUGCAAAUCGCGCCGUUACUUCUUCACUUAUUGUUAUUGUUAUUGUUGUUAAUAGUGCCGUCGUUCUCUGGGUCAAUGUCGUCCGUACAAGAAUGUGGAAGAAGCGUUAGGAGAUCCAGACAACCGCGCUACGGUUCUUUGGGGCGAAUUAUUCAUGGGAAGCAAAGCGUUCGAGGCGCGUGGCCUUGGCAGGUUUCUUUACAGCUUCUUCACCCACAAUUCGGAUUUUUAGGACACUGGUGUGGCGGGGUUCUAAUUUCACCGAAAUGGCUUUUAACGGCGGCGCAUUGUAUAAACAAUGAUCUUUUUAAUCUUCCAUUGGCGGCGCUAUGGACAGCCGUAUUAGGAGAAUGGGACCAGCAGGUAGAAGAAUACUCUGAAGAGCGGAUUCCUAUUGAAAAAAUAAUCCUUCAUGAACGAUUUCAUCACUUUCAACAUGACAUAGCUCUGAUGAAAUUAUCGCGUUCCGUGCAAACUUCAGGAAGUAGCAGAAUCCGAAUUGUUUGUCUUCCAUCAUCCCGUUUGACUUAUAAUCAAACGACCCACUGUAUCGCAACGGGAUGGGGAAGAGACGCUGAAGACGGCCAUCUUUCUGGAAGGCUAUUGGAGUCUCACAUUCCCGUGCAUGACAACGCCGUUUGUCGGGAAAAGUACGGACACUCUGUUUCAAUAAAGUCGGGACAUCUGUGUGCGGGACAUCUGGAUGGAUCGACUGGGACUUGCGUAGGCGACUCAGGAGGCCCUUUGCAAUGCGCCUCCAAAGAUGGUCAGUGGAUACUUGCAGGAAUAACAUCAUUCGGUUCCGGUUGUGCUAAGCCUGGAUUUCCAGAUGUAUAUACACGACUGUCCUAUUACUUACCUUGGAUAAGAGCGAAGAUGCAUUCGUCAAAUAAAAUAACUUAGUAAAGUGAUUUUCAUUUAUAU